AUGUCAGUCAACGGCAUGGACAUCACCACCCACCUCAAGAAAGGCGAGGUGAACCUGGGAACGUCCAUCAUGGCCGUUGCAUACGAUAAAGGCGUCAUCAUGGGUGCCGAUUCGCGCACCACCACGGGCAGUUACAUUGCCAACCGUGUCACGGACAAGCUGACGCACCUCUCGGAUCGCAUCUACUGCUGUCGUUCCGGAUCCGCCGCCGACACGCAGGCGAUCGCCGACAUUGUCACGUACUACCUCGACAUGUACGCUGUCGAGUCUGGCUCUGCACCACAGACAAAGGUGGCUGCGAGCCUCUUCCAAGAGAUCGUGUAUCAGAACAAGGAUCGAUUGAGCGCGGGUCUCAUCGUGGCCGGUUGGGACAAGAAGGAUGGUGGACGGGUGUUCAACAUCCCACUCGGCGGUGGUGUGUUCGAGCAACCAUGGGCAAUUGGAGGCAGUGGCAGUUCGUAUAUCUACGGCUACUGCGAUGCUACGUGGAAAGCUGGGUGGGGGAAGGAAAAGACGUUGGAGUUUGUUAAGAACGCCCUGGCGCUGGCGAUGAGGAGAGACGGCUCGAGUGGUGGUACCAUCCGUUUGGUGGAUAUCACAGAGGAUGGCGUGGAGAGGCACUUUGUUCCCGGUGAUCAGCUGCCAGAACUCGCAGACAAGAUUGUAUAG